GCUUCACUGUUCCUCAUGAACAAAGAUCAGCACUCACCACAUUGUACAAUGUUGGGUUCUUGCUGAAAUCACAACCCCCCGGAUUAGGGUGCUGAAGGCUCAUUUUCUGGGGCGCUGUGAAAUGUGGGGUUUCCAUAGAAAUGGACAGAAAUGGGAUUCAGCGGUCGGAAACAGCCCGGGUGAAAAUAACAUGGAUGCCCAGGGGAAUCCAGACGUAUGGUAACCCAUGCUGGAUGUGUAGAUUUUGAAAUAUGGCAACCCUAACUGAUCAAAGUUAAAAGGGGGGGGGCACUUCUCUUGACUGGUAGCAGACAACGUCAUCUUAGGCAAUGAGAUUAUGAAGGGUGUAUCGACUCCCACAAUGCAAAGAGGCGCACAUGACCAACAACCAAUAAGAAACUGAGGACCAUCUAUCUGCAAGGUAGGAUUAUGCAGCUGUCUAUUAAGAGGAUGAAACCUGCAACCUUUGUAUUGUGACUUGUAGCUGAAUUUGAAUCAUUUUCCUUACUUUGUAGCAGCUUGUUUGUAAGAGCGAUUCAAAAAAGAGGUUGUUCUAACAAUAAAAAAUUAUAUCGAUAAUUAUAUAUUAUUAUAAUAUAUUAUUAUACUACAUGGUAUUAUUAUGCUUAAUUGUAUAUAAUUAAUGAUUAUAUAUUAUUCUAACACAUUAUUAUAUUAUAUUAUAAUAUAAUAUUAGUACAAUCAAUUGUAUAUAGUUAUUAAUUAACAAGGACAACAAAAAUAAUUUCCCCCGCUGCCCUACUCGAUGCUAGAGGUCUCACGGCAGCCUAUUGUAAGCCCACUCUCCCGCCCCGCGCAUGCGCCAGUUUUAAAGGAAAACUCCCGCUCGCCAUUGGUUGAAGGGCGCCGCCGAUCGCUCUGGCCAAAGAGGGCGGAGGGAAGGCCCCAACCCAUUGGCUGGCGUUUUCCGAACGGUGCGCGCGGCGAUUGGGUGCGGGGGCGUUCCGCGCGGCGAUUGGCCUCGCGUUUCUCACGGACACCGCCCUGAUUGGUGGGGGCGGCCGGGUUUGAAAUUCGGGACUGGCGGUUGGGACUCCUAACUGCCGAGGAUCAUUGUUAUUGUCGGGUUGCGAGGGGGGAGGGGAGGGGGAGACAGGCGGUUUGCUGUCGAGGCCCUUGACCGUAUUCCUGAGGGGAAAAAGGAACCGGCGGCGACGAGGAGGCGGGGACCCACCUUGGUCGACGGAGCCAUGGCCGUCUCGAGGCAGGACGGGGGAGCGACGGGGCUCCGGAGGGCGAGUCCUGGCGGCCCGGGGCGGCGGCGGCGGCGCUGGGCUACGGCCGGCGAAGGGGACGGCGGCGGCGAAGAGGAGGCCGACGCCGCGCUGACGCUGGUCCCCUUCUCGCCGGCGCCCGUGCUCAGCUUCGGCGCCGUCCGCGUGGGCACGUCGCGCCUCCGACGCCUGGCUCUCGAGAACCCGAACGCCGAGCCCGUCCGCGUGGUCGUCGGGAGACCCCCGCCCGCCGCCAAGGGCUUCGCCGUGCAGGAGCCGCGCCACUGGCUGCUGCAGGUGAGGAGAGCGGCGGGGGGACUGAUCAAGGAAGGUGGGGAGGGGGCGUCCCUGCUCGGGCCUGUUGCUGGCCAGUAAGAAGCUCUGCUCCUGUUAAGGAAGGGUUAAAGUAGGGACGGAGCUCCGCGUGUGUAAUAUAUAUGUGUCUGUGUUUGUGUAACUUUGCAUAUAUAUACACACACACACAUAUAUACAUAUAUACAUAUACAUACAUACAUACAUAUAUAUAUAUACACACACACACACACACAUCUAUUUUUAUAUAUAUAUAUAUAUAUAUAUAUAUAUUUGUGGGUGUGUAACUUUGCAUAUGUUUGCAUAUAUACACACUCUCUCUCUCUCUCUCUCACACACACACACAUGUAUAUAUUUGUUUUUGUUUUUUUAAAAUGAUAUUUAUUAAAAUUUCAAAAGAAUAAGAUCACAUUAAUAAAAAAAUUGACAAUAAAAAGGAAAAAAUACAAAGUACAAAAGAGAAAAAACAGUUAAAAACAAUUCCAUCUUUUCAUCACUACUUUUACAUUUACUUGUUUCCCGGACCUCCUCAUACCUCCCUCUUUUGUAUUCCAAUUCAGUUUGUUAGUCCAGCAAUUCCUUUCCCUCCUUUUUAAUCCUGAUCUUUAAUCUUGAUAUGUUAUAACAUUAAAUUUUUACCUAUUAAAAACCAAUUUUCCCAUAUUCUUUUAUACCAUUACCGCUAGAACCGCUUAACUUCAAUCCGUCAUCAUUCUAACAUUCAUUAAUUUUACAAUAUUUCUGUAAGUAGUCUUCUUCCACCGACUCUUCUCCCUGGUCUCGGAUUCUGCCAGUCAUUUCCGCCAAACACAAAUGUAUAUAUUUGUGUGUGGGUGUGUGUAACUUUGCAUAUGAUUUUAAGUGAAGAGAUCCUAAACCUGUCAGCUGUGUGUAUACGAACAUGUAUGAGUGCUGGCUGUGCACAUGUGAGUCCAGGUACACACUCAGUGCCGGAUUUACAUAUAAGCUAAACAAGCUAUAGCUCAGGGCCCCACUCUCUUGGGGGCCCCCCAAAAAAUAAAGGAAAAGAAAACUGGAUGUACAUUUCCAAAAUAUAAGAUAAAAAAUAGAAUAAAACCUACAUCAACAGUGUUUUGUGUUGUGUAGGCUCCUAUUUGUUAUGUGCAAAUGGCUUUAGAUACCUAUUAGGUCCAUAAAUUACCUUAUAGCAUAUAUUCAGCGCAAAAAACAGCAACAAUUUGUUGUUGACAAAGGACAGCUGGACAUAUAAAGGGCCCCAUUACCUUCAGUAGCUAAGGGCCUCAUCAGACCUAAAUCCGGCCCUGUAUACACUUGUAACACCCUGGAACUGUAUACACUUGUAACACCCUGUAUACACUUGUAACACCCUGGAACACUCCUGGAACUGGAGAGUAGUAAUAGUAGUAGUGUGUAACAACAAUCAAUUGUUUCUACAGACAAAACUUUACUCAAGGUGACAAAUGUAUGUUGAAUCAAAAGAGAAUACUAGGAUAUUCACAGAAGAUUUAUCAGCAGUUCUUACCAAUGAUGAUGUACAAUAGAAUAUCAUUGCAUGAAAUAGGGUAAUGCAUAUAUCUUUAUAGUGUGACUACAUAUUUGCAGAGUAUUUUUAGCCAUAAGGAAUGUGCCCAAUGGAUUUUAGGAGAGUUUGCUAAAGGAUUUUAUAGCAUAACGGGGAAAACCACUUAUUAGGAAAAUGGAAAAAAAGUCUGUCUACCUUGCCUGAUUUGGGAUGGGUGGUUUAAGCUUUCAAUUUCUAAUGUUUGGGGUCCACACAGAUAAGUGUUCUGUGAAGGAGAGGCCUGGGGAUAUGAGAUCUCUAGUGUGUAUAUGUACCAUUUUUCUUGUGCGUUUCUGCAUUGACUGAAGUGUUGUGCUGUGGUUUAACUGGUCUUUUUCUGACUCAAGGUGAGGUCCUAAACCUGGUAUUGUGAACAGCUUACUGGCUAAUAUUGUUGUAUCAUCUUCUUUUCUAUGCUAUUCUUUUUCUGCCCACUGUAGCCUUUGUAUCUCCGCAGGUGCAGCAUUGCACUGCUGCAAAAUACUAACCACAUUCGUAUAUGGCUCAUACGUUAUUUGAUGGGGGGAUGCAAUCUAGCCAAAAAUAUUUAGACAUCAUUUGUGGCAUACACAGAAAUGGAAAGAGAUUGUAAAUUGAGAAGUCCUGCAGUUGCCUGUCAAAGGAAAUAUACCAUCUUUCUAUGUUUUAUGCUUUUCUUUUGCAGUCUGGAGAGAGAAUAUUAAUUUCAGUAACGUGGACACCACUGGAAGGUGGUAAAGUGCGGGAGCUCAUAACUUUUGUUGUAAAUGAUGUUGUUAAACAUCAAGCAGUUUUGCUGGGUUCUGCUGAACAGUCUACAAAGAAAAAGGUACGGAACGUAUAUAUGCAUAAAAAAACUUUCCCAGUCUGCUUUGGCUUCCAAAGUGACCAUCCGGUUAUACAAGUGCUGUAGUAUAUUGAAAAUGCCUCUUUGUAAACCACUGGUAGGAGUGAAUGUUGUGCAGUGCAUGUUGAAGUUGCAGAAACUAAACUUUCUGAUGUGGUAUUGUCAGGGGUUUCCAUAGGUAAUAGAUCUGAGAGGUACAAGGUUUUGGAAAGUCUCCCUAGGUCUCUUUCACUGUCCCUUGCUUAAUUCUUGAUAUACCUUCCUUGGUUUGAUUUUAACCAUCCCUAGCAUCGCCAGAUGUUCUGAAAUCUACACCAUUAAAAAUGCCCAGUGUGAAUAAAUAUGCAGCGAUGCUACCUGUAUGAAUUCUGAGUAUUUUUUUAAAAUGACAAUACAUGGGCUCUUCAUAGCUUCUUAUUUCCUUUUACUUUGCAAAGUUGUGUCACUACUCAUACUUGCUGGAAAAAAUAGUACAGGCACCCCUCCACUUACAUGCGAUUGACAUGCGUGCAACUACACAUGCGUGGCGAUGGGAAUUAAAUAAAUACAGUACCUUGGGUUAUGUAUCCCUCUGGAUAUGUAAUCUUUGGGUUACGAACGUGGCAACCCUGGAAGUGUAUACUUCGGGGUUUCGCUGUGUGCGGAGAAGUGCUCAAUGGCGCCACAUGCGUGCGCAGAAGGGCGCCUCCAGUUUUGGACUUUUUGGGAUACAGCCGUGCCUCCGGAAUGGAUCCUGUCUAUAAACAGAGGUACCACAGUAGAGUCAAACCAGAAGAGAGCUGGAGAGUCCUUAUGGCUUGCAAGGAGCUGAAGAGGACUACAGUGAGGGAGGAAGAAGCUCCAAAGGGACCGGAGGCGCAGUGGCACUUUUCUUCGGCUGCUCAGCCUCCUCAACUAGCAGCUCAUAUGUGUGAUAGUGCAUCAACAGCAGCCACUUUUCCACACAUCCUUCAGCCAGCCCAAAGCUUCAACUCUAGUUGAAGAGAGAGUUGUAUGGACAGAUAGCUGGAGAGCAGGAAAGAAAUGAGCAUUAUGAGGCUUUUAGAGGGUGCUGCUCACACAAUGCAAUUUUCCUUAUACGUGCAGGGCCCUGGAGCAUUGCGUAACUGGGGGGGGCGGGGGCGCCUGUAUUUCUCAGCAUUAAGUAGGCUAUGAGCAGCAUUAUUUAUACAGUGAGGAAGAGGAAGGGCUACAUAGCUAAUAAGGGCUCUCAGUAUAUGCACAUUAAUAACUGGAUAUUUGUGUUGGUAUCAUUUUCAGAAAAGUCUUUGGGAUACAGUUAAAAAGAGAGCUCCUUCACGGCAAUCACAAUAUCAGAAGAAACUUCCCAUAAUCAAAAAUAUAAAUGAAACUUUUCAGAUGUCCAAAAAAACUGGAAGAGUUAGAAGCCCUCUCCAAGCCUGUGAGAACCUGGAAGUGAAUGGAUGCAGCAUUUCACCUAGUGGGAACAGUGUGAUCCUCUUAGAAAAUAGCUUCUUACACUCUCCAACUGAUCCCAUACUGCAAGAAAAACAGCAUGUCACUAAUUCCCCUCUUUCAAUGGGGAGAUCAGUUCCAUAUUUUGUUAUUGGUACAGCACCAUAUAAUGAAUUACAGCAGGAUACCAAACAGACCUGUACUGUUAUGCCAAAGUGUGAUGAUCUUGUGGAAACGAAAUUGGAAAGUGGACAUAUUAGUUCAGUGAAAGUGGAAAGUUCUAGCACAGAUUCAGUUUGCACACCAGAAAAUCUGAAAAGCUUUCCUUUGAAUCACAGGAAAAUUUUAAGCCCUGAUUCUUUUGUACACAAUAGCUAUGAACUUUGUGAAGAGCCUGCUAUAGCUACAAGAGUGCCAGUUCUUUCACCUGAUCAGUUUUUAAAAGAGAAUCAAAUAGUUAUUCAGCCAACUUCACAAGUACAUAAAUCGGUGUCCCAUUCUUCAAGUUUGGGAUCUUACACAAUUUGUUCACAACAGAAGGAAAGAAGGCAAAUUUUUACUUUUCCUGUGGAGUCUCAUUUUUCAAGCAAGCAACUUAAUGAUGCACACAGUAAAAAAAAUGCAACAUUUCAGUUUGAAAAGUUUGAACGAAAUGCAAGUGGGUGCAAGAAAAAUGACCCAGAUCAAAUUUGCUGCUUCCAGAAAGAACAUGGUAAAAAAAGGCCUCUGUUGUGCAACACAGUUACUAAAAGUAAGUCAGGUUGUCCUGAGGGACAAGGAAGGAACUUAUUAAAACCAAAAUCUAGAAAAUGCCUUUCUAAUGCAAUUCAGCGAUCUGUGGAUAAUGUUCCUGAAACAGCAAAAAUGAAAAUGUUGCCAGAACUUCCAGUUAUAGAACCUCCAGUUAUAUAUCACAGAAUUGAAACAGCUUCAGCUUGCUUAGGAAGAACAUCACAUAGUCAUAAAAGAAAAAGUGGAGAAUAUUUAGAAGAUACUAAUAGCGAAAGUGGUAAAUAUGUGGAGAACUUUGCAAGAAAAAAAAAGAUGUCCUUUGUGGAAAAUGAAGAUUGCAGUGCUUUGAAAGCAUCGAAUCCCAAAUGUGUGAACGGAGAAAAGCAAAGUCAGAAAAAGAAACCAGGUAAUUUAACCUUUUUUUCUGUUUAUUUGGAUAUGUUAAAUAAAAUAUUUGCCAUGGAUUGGUGAUGAAGACCAACUGUGACCAUUUAUAGCUGCUCUUCAAACAAAUUACAUUCAUUUGAUAGGCCUAAAGCGUAUUGCUUUCAUUUGACAUUGAGUCAGAGUAGUCCAUCAGUUUAAUCUGUCAUUCUUCUCUGGUAGGGACCAUGGCUUCUUUUCAUCUCUGGGCUAAUAUUGUCUGGGCAGCAAUAGUUACAUAUAUAAAUAGUCUCUUCUAGUCCCUUGGAAUUUUGGCACCUAGAAUUCCUAAGAGAAAAGCUUCUGGUUUCUUAGGAAAGGUUGUUUUAAACAUUUUUUUCAAUUCAUUAUAUAUCAUCUCCCAAAAUUCUUUUACUACUUUACAAGUCUACCACAUAUAAGGUGCCCUCUUUAUCUUUACAUUUCCAGCAUUCAUUUGAUCUUGCUUUAUACAUUUUAGCUAAUUUACUAGAGGUUAAAUACCAACGGUACAUAAUUUUCAUAUACUUUUCUUUCAAAGUACAGCAUGUUGUGAACUUUAAAUCCUGAUUCCAUAACCUCCCCCAUUCUGCCAAUUGUAUGUUAUAUUCAAAAUCUCUCGCCCAGUGUAUCAUCAUUGAUUUGACCUUUUUGUCUUUUGUAUACCAUUCUAAGAAUAAUUUUUACAUUUUUGAAAGUAAUGUAGUCUUAUCUUCUAACAGCUCCUUUUCAAAUUUAGAGGUUUCAUUAAAGAAACCUUUCUUUUUAUUCAUCUUAAAUAUAUCAUUAAGUUGAUGGUAUUUUAACCAAUCAGUUAAUAAUCCUCCUCAAACCUCUUUAAUUUCAACUCAUGAUCUAUUUCCAUUAAUAAUUAUUUAUAAGAUACCCAAUCAUUUCUCAUGUUAAUUUUUUUUAGAGACAUCGCCUCCAGUGGUGAAAGCCACCAUGGUGUUUUUUGUUCUGAUGAUUUUUUUAUAUUUUCCCCAUACGCUUUGCUUACUACAUGGUUCAAAAAGCUUUAUAAACUUUAACCUUCUCGUACCACAGAUAUGCAUGCCAGCCAAAUAGGUCUAAUAAACCAUCAGUAUUUUUUAAUAAUAUCCAUUCUUUUAACCAGCAUAAACAGGAUGCCUCAUAAUACUAAAUCCGGCAAGGAAAAUCCUCCGCUUUCUUCUUUGGUUUCUUCCCCUUCCAGAGGAAUCUAGUAAUAUAUUUCUGCCAUUCUCUUUUCCCCCUCUUGUUGUCUCUUUCUGUUGUGUUCUUCACAAUAUUACAAUUCGUUCUUGUUCUAAUUUUCAGGUUCCUUAUCUAAAAAAUGGAGGACUGGUAGGAAAACAAAGAACAUUAUUCCAGUGGCACAGUCUCAGCUGACAUUUGUGAAACCUUUAAAAACAGGUGAAAAUAAGUUCUUUGUGCUCUGUUAUUCUCCAUGAAAACAAAAGUCUCUUGGUGCAAGUGACAGUUUCAACACAUUUGCUAUAUUUUAGCUGAAAUUAGAUUGACCAGUACGACUUCAGAGUAUAGGCAUAUUCCAAAAGUAAAAGCCUGCAAAUUAAUACAUGUUUUCAUUGCUGUUGUGCUGCCCUUGGAAAAGGUGUCUCAGGCCCUGCGCCGCAGUCUACCCCACUGAGCAGUGUUCCUCACUGGGAAAGUCACCUCCUACCUACCUUCUUCCAUGGGUGGAUCUCUGGAUCCAACCUGGUGUCCAUAAUUGAGAUGUAAUGUAACUUUUAAUCUUUUUUCAAAGACAUUCCUAGACAUCCAAUGCCUUUUGUGGCCAAGAAUAUGUUUUACGAUGAGUGCUGGAAAGAGAAACAGCAACGAGGUUUUACUUGGUGGUUGAAUUUUGUACUUACUCCUGAUGACUUCACUGUGAAAACAGACACUUCACAAGGUAAAAGAGAUUUGCAGGGUCUUAAUGUUUCACAUAUAUAAGAAUUACUCUAGACUUCAGCAAUCCAGUUUGCUUACUUUAAAAUCUUUUCAUGAAUUUUCUUGUCAAUAUAAAUAUUAGUGUAACAAUACUAUUUCCACUGGGAAUACAAAAUAUAACAAAAUUACCUAAAACUGAUAAAUGACCAUCACUUCAAAUAAAUGUAUGUAAUCUGAUGUGCUAUUUCAUUUGAGCUGACGUUCUGCACUCAUAUGCACAGAGCUACUUUAACUUGAAAGCUCACAUGUGAAGUGCUGCUUCUGUUACUUGGUGUUUCUUUUUUGGAAAGCUUUAAACCCAUCAAUUCCUAAGUCGGGUGGUAGAUCUGCAGCCUCUUCUGCCCACCAGUCAUCUCACUCAGUUUACAAAAUUGAUUGUGGAGCCGAAAAAGUGCCACUCCCUUUGCGUGCUUCCAUUGUUAGCAUAUUGGAGCAUUUCUUGCUUUAUUUAUUAUAAAAUAAUAUUUAUAUACCGCUGUAUCAUGAAUAUAUCACAGCGGUUUACAACAAUAUAAAAACAAACUUAACCAAAAGCAUAAAAAGUUAAAAACAAAUUAAAAGCAAAAAGAAAUUUAAAACAAACAUCAAUAGAUCAUUGUGGGUGAGAUACCCUUUAAUUGCCUUCAUAGACCUGGCAGAAUAGAAGUUUUUAGCAAGUGUUUCAGAGUUGGCACGGAAGGUCAUUGCUCUCAUCUGCUAGCAACAACUGAAGGAAGUUCAUUCUUGGCUUUCCAAUACUGGCUAGUUCUGCUUCAAGCCAUAAUCCCUAGUUUGUGUGAAACCCUUAGCCAAGAAUCUUGGUAUGUUGCUCCUGUCCUUCCUGUUAGUGGGCAGUAGCGAAGUGUGAGUGAUCUGCACGUUCAGUGUAGACCUUUAGCUGUGGUUUACCAUGACUUAUAAAUGCACCCUUUCCUUUGAGCUUGUAUAAUCCUGGAUGCACACUGGGUAAAGUUUGUGUGAACUCUCUUCAAAGAUUGCAAAUAAUAUCAUAGCAUCAUAGGUGGCAGAGGGUCAAGAGGCCAGUAAGCCCAGUUUCCUACAGCAAGGAAGAACAAUCCAUUAAUUCAGCUUUCCCACCCAAUCAAAACAUUGUGCUUCUAUGGGUAUUUUGAUCCAGUUGAUUCAAUAUAAUAAUAAUAAUAAUAAUUUAUUAUUUAUACCCCGCCCAUCUGGCUGGGCUUCCCCGGCCACUCUGGGCGGCUUCCAAAAAAAUAUUAAAGUACUAUAAUACAUCAAACAUUAAAAGCUUCCCGAAACAGGGCUGCCUUCAGAUGUCUUCUAAAAGCCUGGUAGUUGUUGUUCUCUUUGACAUCUGGUGGGAGGGUGUUCCACAGGGAAGGCGCCACUACCGAGAAGGCCCUCUGCCUGGUUCCCUGUAACCUGGCUUCUCGCAGUGAGGGAACCGCCAGAAGGCCCUCAGUGCUGGACCUCAGUGUCCGGGUAGAACGAUGGGGGUGGAGACGCUCCUUCAGAUAUACUGGACCAAGGCCGUUUAGGGCUUUAAAGGUCAGCACCAACACUUUGAAUUGUGCUCGGAAACGUACUGGGAGCCAAUGUAGGUCUUUCAAGACCGGUGUUAUGUGGUCUCUGCGGCCGCUCCCAGUCACCAGUCUAGCUGCCGCGUUCUGGAUUAGUUGUAGUUUCCGGGUCACCUUCAAAGGUAGCCCCACGUAGAGCGCAUUGCAGUAAUCCAAGCGGGAGAUAACCAGAGCAUGCACCACUCUGGUGAGGCAGUCCACAGCCAGUGAAAUAAACUGCACUUUGUGGAAGGAGGCUAUAUUUUAAUUAUUUCAUAAAAUUUAUACAUCGCUCAAUUGUAAAAAACAACAACAACCCAACAACCCUCAAAAUGGUUUACAAAAAGGUUAUUAUUAUUAUUGGCUCUGUUUCAUCAGCCACUCUGGGCGACUUACAGCCUACAGUGGUAUCUCAGGUUAAGUACUUACAGUGGUGCCCCGCAAGACGAAUGCCUCGCAAGACGGAAAAACCGCUAGACGAAAGGGUUUUCCGUUUUGAAGUUGCUUCGCAGGACGAAUUCCCCUAUGGGCUUGCUCGCAAGACGAAAAUACCUUGCGAGUCUUGAGAUUUUUUUUUCGCUUUCCCCCCCCUUUAUCUAAUCUGCUAAGCCUUUAAUAGCCUUUAAUAGCCUUUUAGCAGCUAAUCCCCUAAGCCUUUAAGCCUUUAAUAGCCGCUAAACCGCUAAUAGCGCUAAUAGCGCUAAUCCGUCAAUGGGCUUGCUUCGCAAGACGAAAAAACCGCUAGACGAAGACUCUCGCGGAACGGAUUAAUUUCGUCUUGCGAGGCACCACUGUAAUUCGUUCCGGAGGUCCGUACUUAACCUGAAACUGUUCUUAACCUGAAGCACCACUUUAUCUAAUGGGGCCUCCUGUUGCUGCCGCGCCGCUGGAGCACGAUCUCUGUUCUCAUCCUGAAGCAAAGUUCUUAACCUGAAGCACUAUUUCUGGGUUAGCGGAGUAUGUAACCUGAAGCGUAUGUAACCCGAGGUACCACUGUAUAUUAAAACAUAAUAAAACAUCAAGCAUUAAAAACCUAUCGAUGCAGGGCUGCCUUCAGAUGUCUUCUAAAAGUUGUACAGUUCUUUAUCUCCUCAAUGAAAUCAAGAAAAAAUUACAAACAUUACAACAAAAGUUAUAAUACCAAGUAGAUUUUAACACUUGGAACUGUUUUCUCUCCAGUCAAUGCAGUGUCCGUUAUCUUGGGUGCAGAGUCUCAUAAACCAAGUGUUCCUAGAGCACCAACUAAAGAAGAAGUAUCCCUAAGAGCUUAUACAGCUCGGUGCAAGCUGAACAAACUUCGUCGCUCAGCUUGCCGUUUAUUUACAUCAAACGAGAUGGUUAAAGCAAUAAAAAGGCUGGAGAUUGAAAUUGAAUCAAAACACUUGUUAAUUCGGAAGGACAGACAUCUCUGGAAGGAUAUUGGUAAGAAUGUAGCUGUGUUCCAGAUAUUCCUACACAUAUGUAGAAAAAUUGAACUGUGGUGGGAAAUUGUAUACAAGAACGUGGCCAGGUCUAUUUAUGGCCUUCAGUUCUAUAAUCAACAAUCCACAGCUUGAUAAUAGCAAUUUCACGGUAUAUUCUUAGGUAACAACCUUUCCAGAUUUUUAUAUUAUCCUGCUUUUGCUUCUGUGUCCAUUGCAGGUGAAAGACAGAAAAUCCUCAACUGGCUUUUAUGCUAUAACCCACUAUGGUUGCGCAUAGGUCUGGAAGUAAGUUUGUAUUUUCGUAAUGUUUACAAAGCGUUCUUUGAGCAAGAUAUUCUCUUGUAGAAUUGCUAAGAUUUGUACUGGAAUCUGAAGUAAUCAACCUUAGGGACAUAAAGCUUGGUGAUAGUGACUGCUGGUAAUCCGUAGAACUGGUCUUAAGACUUUGAUAUUAUCUUUAUUUCAUGACUCAAAGGCAAGGAUGCAUAGCUGUCAGCUUUUCCCUUUUCUUGCGAGGAAUCCUAUUUGGAAUAAGGGAAUUUCCCUUUAAAAAAGGGAAACGUUGACAACUAUGAAGGGUGGGGAAUCAUGAGGCCACCCCCCUACCCGGCACCUGCCUGCCUGUCAUCUGCCAUCACUCGUGGUCAAGGGAAAUAUAAUUAAUAUUAUAUUGCUAUAGUUCUUUUAAUAAAUCUGCUGUGAAGAUCUGAAUUCUAUUGCUGCAAGGUUUUUGUUUUAUUUAAAGUGGAUUUUCUUUCUCUCAUUAAUGAAAGGUAGUCUAUGGUGAGCUAAUUGCCUUAGAGAGCAACAGCGAUGUAAUGGGCCUGGCAAUGUUUAUACUUAAUCGCUUGUUGUGGAAUCCAGAUAUUGCAGCUGAAUAUAGGCACCCAAGUGUGCCUCACUUGUAUCGAGAUGGUAGGUAUUUAUUUAUUUUUUGCUGUUUUAUAAUCUGUUUUAUACUUUUUAAGAUGCAGCUCUACAUACAAUCUGAUAUUGUUCUUACAGGACACGAAGAAGCAUUGUCAAAAUUUACGCUGAAAAAACUUCUUCUGCUAGUUUGCUUUCUUGAUCGCGCCAAGCUAUCUAGAAUUAUUGAUCAUGAUCCUUGCCUCUUUUGUAAAAAUGCAGAAUUCAAGGUAUUCCAAUUUAAGCCUCUAUUUUUGUUUUGUGCAUAAUUAGGUUGUUUUUUUGUGUGCUAAUUUUAAAAAAUUGAAUUUUCCAUUAAAAGAAGUAGUACCAGUGUUACAUAAGAAAAACAAAAGAGGGCAGAAUGAAUAUAGGAAGAAGAAAUGUUAGUAGAUUUGAGUGUAUAUGUGUGGAAGCCACAAGAUACUAAUUUUAAGACUUACAUUUGUUUCCCGAGGUGGUAAUUUUCUUCUGUGGCUGGAACAGGAAUUUUAAGUUGCCAUUAUCAAAUGCAGCUUGAUUUUGUGUGCUUAUUAGCUGAGGAAUAGGCAUUUAGCAAUUUCUCCACCCCCCUUUUUUAUAAAUAAUUUUUAUUAAUUUUUCCAACAUAAAUUUAUACAAAAUGAAACAUCCAAUUCUCACCAACUACUUCUUUUUGGACUUCCAUCAACAUGUCUGACAAUUCUCCGUAUUAGCAAUUUCUUUUUAUUGACUGUGGUAGGUAGUAGUCUUAUUAAUGUUUGUGACUAAAGUCUAUGACUGGUUAAACAUACUGGAAGUUAAGAGAAUUCCUGUUUGCCUUACUUGAAAAUGAGCCCCAUGAUGUGCGCACAGAACUGAUAAUCUUGCAUGAAUGUAAUUUGUUGCCUUUUCUCUAGUCUAGUAAAGAGAUACUGCUGGCAUUUUCCCGAGAUUUUCUAAGUGGAGAAGGUGAUCUUUCUCGCCAUCUAUAUUUCCUGGGCUUUCCAGUUCAUCACGUGCAGACUCCACUCGAUGAGUUUGACUUUGGUGUAACAAAUCUAGCCACAGAUUUGCAAUGUGGCAUUCGUCUAGUGUAAGUCUUCACUGCAUUUUAUUGCUGAAGUUAUAGAAGGAUUUCACUUGAGGAAAUGGGCUAUAUUUUUAACAUGGUAUCUUUGUAUUUUCAGAAGAGCAUUGGAACUACUGUCGUCAAACUGGAGUCUUUCCAAAAAAUUAAGAGUUCCUGCAAUAAGUAGACUUCAAAAGUUGCAUAAUGUCAAGAUUGCCUUUGAAGUACUAAAAGAUCAUGGAAUACAGUUGGAAGAUGAACAUGGUAAGUGCCAGCAAAGUAGAAAGUAGUCCCCUUAUAAAAUAAAUGUGUGGAUGCUGCAAAUCAGUAACCUAUUUGACUGAUUUAUAGGUACAUCGAUUGACGCUAAGGAUAUUGUGGACCGGCAUAGAGAGAAAACACUUGCACUGCUGUGGAAAAUAGUAUUUGCUUUUCAGGUAUUGCGUAAUGAUUUUUUGGCAGUUAAUCUCUGCAACAUAUAUUAAAGAUGUGUAGUAUGCAUCUAGGACUUGCAAUAUUGUAUCUUCAAAAAAAUGGGGUGCUGUAUAAAAAAUGGCCUGUAUAUAGAAGCCAAUACUACUGAAGGGCAGUUCUCAAAAGCAAUUCCAUGCCUAUACCAAAUGCACAGAGAUGACCUCACCAACUGCAUGUAAAGUAGAACAUCAGUACAGUUGACUCCCAACUUCCAUACAUUUAACUUGUACAAUCACAGCUUUAUGCUGGCAGCCAGCUUGUUGAAAUCACAGAAAUUGUGAUUGUGAAAUCACAGAAAGUGUGGAAAGAGCUUUUAAGCUUCUCCACCUUGCUUCCUGGGUUCUGGGAGGUUCUUGUGUGAGAUCUUGCAGGAUCUCCCAAAGCCCGGUAAGCAAGGUGGAGAGCCUUGCAUGGGGGGGCCAAGUCACACCAGCUUUGGAAAGGUAGAGGUGCUGCUGUUAGGGAGAUUCUGGGGUUUUAACUACAUGCAGCUUCAGCUUUGCACACAAUCCCUGGAACGUAACCCCUACACAAGUUGCAAGAUGGGGAACACUGAAUAUGUGGGAGAAAAGGCCGUAUGUCUUACAUAGUUAGAUGAGCUAUGCUUUUAUAAUUGGUAGUGAUGUGAAAUGUUACAUGAGAUGUACAGAACUGGUGCAUCAAAAAAGGGAAGACAUCGAGGUCUGAUGCCUUUAAAAAUACUAUCAACAAAUUUACGAUCAUUGCAAUUAAUUAUGGAAAAAUAGUCUUGAUGAAUUUUAUCACAUAACAAAAUGUGCUGUGGAGUCGAAAGAGUUCUUGUUCAUCUUAAAUUGGUUAUACAGGUGGAUAAACAGUUUACAUUUUCUUUCAUAUGUUAUUUAGCCAUCUCCAAAUUUUAAACCAGAGCAAGUUUGUGUUUUGUCAGGUUUGACAUUGUUCUGCCACCAAAUGUUCCACCUUAGUCUGCAAUUGCUAUAUUCACCUCAGAGCAGUGAUGUGGGCCAGGACAUUUUCAGUGUUUUAUCUUUCUACUGAAAAAUGUUACCGCUGUUUCAUGAGUUCAUUUUCUAAAACAAGGUUUUCUGGAAAACACAUCUUGCUGCUUGCAGAGUAAGCUUCAUUAAAUUAAAUGAGAGUUGCUUUUGAAUAAACAUGUUUGGACUUGUUAUUUGUCGUUUGUUUAGCAUGCUUUGAGAAAUACAGUGAUUUACAUAUCCCUAAAGAUCAGAAACUCUCAUCUUUAGAAAUAAUAUUUUAAAUUUGUUCUUGUUUAGGUGGAGGUUUCCCUUGAUAGGGAUCAGUUGAAAGAAGAAAUUGAUUUUUUGAAGAACAUGCACGUUACAAAAGUGAAGUCUGCUGCUUUAGAAUCUCGUGUUGCCAACAAAGUGAGAAAAGACAGCAGUAACUUUUAUUCAUCCGAAAGCUGCAGUGAAAAUGUAAAGAUGCUGAUGGAUUGGGUCAAUACUGUCUGUGGGUUUUACAAUGUCAAGGUAAAAACUUUCCCAAUAAUCAAUUUCUGUAAUGACACAUCUCUGUUCUGUUUCCUCCCCAAUAAGCAAACAAGGGAUGAAAGUAUUAUUUGAUAGACCACAACUUUGCUUUACUAAUUGAUGGAAGCCAGUUUUAAUCAGUGGGACUGAGAUUUAAGGAGAUAUUUAUUUAUUUGGCUGUUCAGCAUGUUUUUAUUAUGGUGCAUUAUAAAUGACUGGAAAAUGGCAUAAUGGGCUGUACUUGCCGCAAUCUUGCCUGCCCAUUUCUUAUUAAACUUCAUUGAUGCUAGGAUGUCAUCCUUUUGUGGGGGAGGGUGCCUAAUGACCUGACAUUAGGGAUUUACAUAUGUUCCUAUGAAACAGUACUGACAAAAUCAAUAGGUUCUCCUUUCCUUUCCAACAAACUGGUUUAAAGGAAACAUUUGGAUGGACUGUUUAAAUCUACAAUGAUGGCCAUAUCAAAUGGUAACUUGUUGUUGAUGCAUCAAAGCUAAUCUGACGAACACUAAGGAUAAAUUUACUUGUUUCAUGGUCCAAGUUGCUUCUUGGAAAGAAUUGGAAAAUGGUAGGAAACAACCUUGUACUGAGUCAGACCAUUUAACUCAGUCCAUUUAACUCAGUAUUGUUUGCACUGAAUGGCUGCAGAACUCCAGGGUUUUAGAUGGGACAUUCCUGUUCCUACCUGGAGAUGCUGGGGAUUGAACCCGGGACCUUUGCAUGCAAAACAGAUGCACUGCCACUGAGCUGUGGCCCAUCCAAUGCACAUCUCUUAGAACUUACUAUUCUGAAAGCUGCCAAAGGUAAAUAACCAAAUACUGUGUUUUUAUAGAACAUCUUUCUUUAAGGUUUGUUGUACCAAACAGGACAAGCAGAUCCUAACCUGAUUUUCUUUGGUACACUACAAAUUUAUACUUUAACUUAGUACUGUUUUUGAAGAUUUCAUGCCACUGUAAUUUCUGCAAGUGUUCCAAUAUAAUAACCCCUAGAGAACCCCAAGUAAAAGAAGAUUAUUACCACAAUUAUCUGGCUGUAAAGAGCAAGGGGUAUUAAAGUUAGUAAUUUUCAGACUUUGAAUACUGUGGUGUAGGAAGGGUAUUUUCCCCUCUAGAUUUGCUUUUCAAAAAGAAAAGCCAUCGGAAGAAAGGAAUGCAUUGUUGAGUAGGCUAGAGUUCAGAAAUGGAGGCCUAGAAUUCAGCUUUAUUAGCACAUGGUAUGCUGAUACAAACCUUCAAAUAGAGAAGCCACUGGCAGAAAAUAUUUGCUUAACUGGUUUUGUGUUUUUAACUAGGUUGAAAACUUUACAGUAUCCUUCUCGGAUGGAAGAGUGUUGUGUUAUUUGAUUCAUCAUUAUCAUCCAUGUUAUGUGCCUUUGGAAGCUAUCUGCCAGCGCACAACUCUAACAGCAGAAUGCACCAAAAGUGGUACAGUUGCUCUAAAUUCUUCCUCUGAGUCUGAUUCUUCUCUGACUGUACUCAAUGGAGCUUUUGAUGAAAGUGAGUUCAUUAAAUGAUUAUUGAAGGCAGAGGGAAGAUGCUUAUUACCACUUUAUUUGACUUAAUAAAUUUAAUCUUUUUUGUCUGUUGUUUUUUUUAAAAUAAAGCUAUAACUUCUUCCGUGCUUUAUAAAGAACUCCUUGACAAUGAGAAGAGAAACUUCCAGCUGAUUAAUGCUGCAAUUUCUGACCUUGGUGGUGUUCCUGCUAUGAUUCACCAUUCAGACAUGUCUAAUACAAUUCCUGAUGAGAAGGUAGUCAACCAUGUCUUUACAAUUCACCAUUGCCUUGUUCAAUCACAACUUACUUUUAUCGCAACUUGCUAAGUUUCUGUAUGUUCUCUGCUCUCUUGGUUUUCUGUAGGUAGUUAUUGCCUAUGUGUCAUUUCUUUGUUCGCGACUUGUAAAUCUUUCUAAAGAGAUUCGAGCAGCUCGACUGAUUCAGUCAGUGUGGAGGGAACACAGAUUGAAAACAAGAUUAGCAAAGGUAUUUCUUUGAGUUACUUUGCAUGUUUCCUAAAUUAUCAGGAGAUAGAUUCUACAGUAUCUAUCAAUGCUAUAUGGACAUACUCAAUCAGCAGUGGAAUUUUUAUUUUGCUAGAUUUUUGAAGAAAAAUCCAAAGGUGCAGUUGUAAUUCAGAAGCAUUGGAGAAGAUACAUGGCCCAGGUGAAACUUCAGAAAUUAAAAAAAGCAAAGCAGGAAGAAGUUGAAAGAGUAUCUUCUGUUGUCAUUCAGGUAUGAUUGACUUUUCAUGUGAAAUUACUAUGUCAAAAUUACUGCAUUUCCUAGCCGAUUGAUAUUGCCAGGUGCUGUUUCAUUUCUGCCCAGAAUAAGAUUUCAGAAUCAAGUAAAAUAUGGUUCACUGUUAGAACACUUUAUAUGCCAUACUUUUGUAUAAAGAAUAUUGAAUUUUAUUGUUCGAGUCCACCAGCUUACUUAAAAUAUAUGCAUAGAAAGAAUUGGCCAUUUUUCUUGUAUUAAAACUGUAAAUGUGCAGUGAAAUCUGAUUCUUACAGCUGUGUGUCACUUUUUCCACCCCAGACUUACUGGAGAAGAUACAACGCAAGAAGAAAAUACUUGCAGCUUCGGCAAUAUACAAUUAUUGUGCAAGCAAGGAUAAGAAUGUUCCUUGCUGUUGCUGCUUAUAAAAAAGUUUGCUGGGCUGCUCUCACUAUUCAGAGGCACUUCAGGGCUUUUUUGAUAGCAGAAGCCCAUCGCCAAAAAUAUCAAAGUAUGAAACAGGCAGCGCUUGUGAUUCAGUCUGCAUUUAGAAGAUGGAAAGGCUGCAAAAUGAAUUCAAAAGUUGAAAUAGAGAAGCGACUGCAAGCAACUGAACUGGCAAAGAAAGAGAGAGCUGCAGUUGUAAUUCAGUCAUGGUACAGGAUGACCAGAGAUCGAAACAAUUACUUACAUAUCAGACACAGUGUUAUCAAGAUACAGGCCUUGUUCAGAUGUCUUCAAGCUAAAUUCAUUUACAAACGGAAAAGACUGUGUGCGGUGGCUAUUCAGAAGCGUUACAGAGCUUACAGGAUGAGGAAAAUUGACAGGGAAACAUAUUUGCAGAAACGUUCAGCAGCUAUAUUCCUGCAAUCUGCUUAUAGAGGAAUGAAAGCUCGUUUAUUGUGUAGACAAGUCAGAGCUGCCUGUGUCAUUCAGGUACACUACCGUGCAUACAGAAAGCAAAUUUUUCUGAGGCUGAAGUUCUUACAGCUAAAAAAGGCUGCUGUGUGUUUGCAAGCAGCUUACAGGGGCUAUAAAGUACGGAAAAUGUUUAAGUGUCAGAAAACGGCUGCUGUUAAGAUCCAGUCUGCUUUGAGGGCUUAUGCUGCAAGAAGAAAAUACCAAGCUUUGAUUCAAGCUACCCUUGUGAUUCAGAGAUGGUACAGGGCUUCCAAAAUCAGAACAAGCUUUUUGAAGACGAGAACAGCUGUAAUUUACUUGCAGGCAGCUCUGCGUUCCUGGCAAGUAAAGAAAUGCAUUAAGAGCUGGCAUGCUGCCGCAAUUAAAAUACAAUCUGCCUUUAGGAGAUACAUGGCUCUGAAAAAGUUCAGGAUGGUGAGAAAUGCUGCUCAAACACUUCAGCAGCACUACAGAGCCAAACUUUUGGGCAGAAAACGGCAGCAGGAAUAUGUUGUGCUUCGCAACAGCAUUGUACAACUCCAGGCAGCUUGGAGAGGGAGGGUUGUGAGGAAGGCAAUCCAAAAACAGCACCACGCUGCAGUAGUCAUACAGUCCUAUUUCAGGAUGCACAUCAGUCAAAGAAAGUUUAAAAGUUUCAGAGGGGCUGCCAUUAAGGUUCAAAGGUGGUAUCGUGCUGCUGUCCUAGCCAGGAGUGAAAGGCAGGAAUAUCUCACUUUAAAGGUUGCAGUUGUUAAAAUGCAAGCAAUUUACAGAAGCGUAAGAGCAAGGCGUGAAAUUCAACGCAUGCACCAAGCAGCAGUUAUUAUCCAAGCCAUGUUUAAAAUGCAUCAGAGUAAGGUUAGAUAUCAGGCAAUGAAACUGUCAGCAAUUGUAAUUCAGAGGCACUACAGAGCUCAUUGCAGAGGGAGAAUGGAACGGGGGAAAUAUCUCAAGUUAAGGAAGGCUUCUCUUGUACUUCAGGCUGCCUACAGGGGCAUGAAAGUUAGACAGGAACUAAAAGCUUUGCACCAGUCUGCAACUUCUAUUCAGUCAUUUUAUCGAAUGUACAAGCAGCGAAAAUGUUUCCUGAAGCUAACAGCAGCGGCAAAACUGAUUGAGCAGUGGUAUUGUGGUUGUAAAUGUCGCAAUGCUCAGAUGCGCAAAUACAGGCAGAUGAAGACUUCUGCCAUCCAAAUACAGGCUGCCUUCCGAGGUAUGAAAGCGAGGCUCCAUUUGCAAAAGAUGCAUAUGGCUGCCACCACCAUCCAAAGGCAAUUCAGAACUUUUCUUCAGAGGCAAAGGUUUGCUUCUCUUAAGGCAGCUGCUGUGACAAUUCAGAGGAAGUACCGAGCAAUGGUACUCUCUAAACAGCAGCGUGAAGAGUAUGUCCAGCUCUAUAAAGCUGCCAUUGUAAUACAGUCUGCCUUCAGAGGCCUGCUGGCCAGAAAACGUGUGAGCCAAAUGCAUGGAGCUGCUACGGUUAUCCAAGCAGCCUUUAGAAGACAUACAGCUUAUACUCGAUACCAAGCUGUGAAGCUUGCUUCUGUUUCCAUACAGCAGCAUUAUAGAGCAUACCGUGAGAUGAAACACGCUAGAGGACUCUACUUAAAAUAUUGCCACUCUGCUUUAGUUCUUCAGGCUGCUUACAGAGGAACGAAAGUGCGAUGCAUCUUGAGGGAACAACAUUAUGCUGCAACAGUCAUACAGAGUAACUACAGAAGGCACAGGCAGCAGUGUUCCUACAAAAAAUUACAACGGGCAGCCAAAGUUAUACAGGUUCAAGUCAGGGCCAAUAAGCUGUGCAAAACUGCAGCCCAGCAGUAUUCCUCUGCUAAAAGUGCCGCCAUUUGCAUCCAGAAAGCUUUUCGCUGGAUGAAGGCAAGACGAUGUCAGCAAAGGCACCAAGCUGCCAUUGUGCUUCAGCGGAAUUUUAAAAUGCAGAGAGAACGUAGAAAAUACCUUGCUUUGAAAGCAGCUGCUGUAGUCCUUCAGAGACGGUACAGAGCGUCGGUUCUGGCAAGGAGGCUGUCUCAGGAAUACGUUUCUGUUUGUGCAGCAGUUAUCUGUGUCCAGUCUUUCUACAGAGGAUUUAAAAUCAGGAAGGAAAUUGAGCGCAAACACUUAGCAGCAAAGGUAAUUCAAGCAACAUUUAGAAUGCACAGGGCUAGGGUCUCUUACCAAAAGCUGAGAGGUGCUGCUGUCACCAUACAAAAUUCCUACCGGUCUUACCUAAAGGGAAAACACCAGCAAAAUACACACCUGGCAAUUAAGAACUCUUCUGUAAUGAUUCAGUCCACAUACGGAGAGUUAAGAACACGGCAAGAAGUGAAAGCUAUGCACGUUGCAGCAACUCUCAUCCAGUCUCUCUACCGAAUGCAUGCCCAGCGCAGACAUUACAAGUUGAUACGCAGGGCUGUGAUAACUAUUCAGUCUGCCUAUCGUGGAACGGUAGCACGCCGAAAGGCAAAGAAAAUUCGUGCGGCCAGGAAGAUUCAGUCCUUCAUUCGCAUGACUGUGGCUCGUAGAAAGUUUAUUCGCCUCAAAACAGGAGCUACUGCAGUACAGACUCAUCGCUGUACAAAUAAAGCCAUAGAACAAUACCAGAAAUACUGGGAAGCUGCACUUUUAAUACAGCGGCGUUAUCGGUCUUACCUGGCUAUGAAACACCAAAGAAUAGCUUAUUUGCAAACUUUGAAGAGCAUCAUCAUAAUGCAAGCUACAGUCAGGAGUUUCCUUGAACAUCUAAGGCUCUGCAGAUUGAAAAGUAUCCAGGUAUUUAGGUAUACUUGCUUCAACAUUACUUGUUACUGAUUCCUGUAAUAUAUGUACACAAGAACCACUCCUCUGAGUCAAAAGCAGGGUGGGCAUUAUGGCUAGAUUCUUAUUAUAAUGCAUAUGUUCUUUCCCUCUUUGAAUCCUAAACCUCAUUCUGUGCUUUUUUCUGUUCUGCUGGUCUUCUAUCUUAUACAAAAUAGUAUACCAGCAAAAGGAGAUACUGUAUGUUUUUCUAUACAAAAUAGCUUGAAGCAAAGGCCCCAAAUCUGUCUUUUAUCAAAAUCUAAGGUAUUUUUAAAAAGUGCUUAAAUUUGUCUAGAUCUUGUGAAUUUUUUUCUACUGAUUCAGAAGCGGAAGUGAAAGCCGUAACCAAAAGUGGUAGUGGUGCAGGGGGGAGUUCUAGUCUUUCGUUAGAGCAAGUUGGUUUGCAACUUUCUUGUUCAAGUUCCUUGGGUAUUAUUAUUAUUAUUAUUAUUAUUAAUUCUCCCCACUCUGCACAGCUCUCAACAGAAUUAAAAGCACAAUAGAACAUCAAACUUUAAAAACUUCCCUAAACAGGGCUGCCUUCAGAUGUCUUCUAAAAGUCAGAUAGUGAUUUAUUUCCUUGACAUCUGAUGGGAAGGCGUUCCACAGGGUGGGCGCCAUUACCGACAAGGCCCUCUGCCUGGUUCCCUGUAACCUCACUUUUUGCAGUGAGGGAACUGCCAGAAGGCCCUCAGAGCUGGACCUCAGAGUCUGGGCUGAAUGAUGGGGGUGGAGAGAUAUAUUUGAGAUACAUGUCUACUGCUGGUAGUCAAAUUGCCUGGCCAUGACCUUACAGUUUUGGAUUAAGGUCCUUACAGAACUAUCUAUGCCCGUAUGACCCAGGGAUUCAAGAUUGGUACAGGGGCCUUGCUUGCAUGACUGCCAGGCAGAGAGGUAAGAUGGGGUGGGCACAACCUUUUUGUGGUGUUCCCCAUGGUUGUGGAACGUCCCUUCCCAACCUUUUCCAUGGUAAUGUUUAAGGCAGGCUGUACAGAUUAUUAAUGAGUGUUCACCAAGAAGUAACUUUCACUUUUAGUAUUAUACCGACUGUGAUACACUGAUAAAUAUUUUUACUGCUGUUACAAUUGUGAUGCCGUUUUAUACAUUUUGAAUGUUUUUAUGUCCCCCCUCCCUUAUGGUUUUGGCACAGAACCGGCAGAGUUUUCUCCUUCGUUUUGCAGCUGCUGCAUAUCAUCAUCUUGCUGCUGUUAGAAUUCAGAGGGCUUACAGAGCUUUUCACUCGAAGCAAGCACACUUGCAGCUCUCUUCAGUUCUGUACAUUCAGGUUAGCUUUUAGAACAAAUGUAUUGCUCUAGGAGCUUCUUUCUACCAAGUGCCUCUUCUGUUCUUGAAAAUGCUCAGUCUUUUUUAUUAGUUCAUGUUACAGUGGUACCUCGGGUUACAGACGCUUCAGGUUACAGACACUUCAGGUUGCAGACUCCACUAACCCAGAAAUAGGGUUAAGAGCUUUGCUUCAGGAUGAGAACAGAAAUUGCUGCUGCAGUGCAGCGGGAGACGGAGACCCCAUUAGCUAAAGUACCUCAGGUUAAGAACAGUUUCAGGUUAAGAACGGACCUCCAGAACGAAUUAAGUUCUUAACCCGAGGUACCACUGUACUUACACAUGUCUUGAAGUUCCAAGUUUCAUCAAGACCAUCUCUUUAAUUCCUUUAAAAAUGUGUAGGUAAUCUUAGCGAGAAAAUAUUUUUCUCUUUGUCCUGUGUGUGUUUAAGCAGAGGUGGUAUCGAGCAAAACUGCAGAGGAGGAGAUACCUUCAAGAUCGUGAGAAGAUUAUUAAAAUACAAAGAAGGGUGAGGAGACGGAAGAGUUGUGGAAAUGUAGCUGCAAAUGCGGUUCAGGAAGGCAUGAACCAAGAAGCCCUAAUCAAUGGAGUAACUAAAUUUCAGGUAAACCAAGAUCCUAGAGAGACUGCUUCUGUUUUAUUGAGUCAUAUGGUUAUAUUUAAGGCCUUGUUUUAUUCUUAUGUGUGAGAGUUGUAACCAUGGGGCAUGAAGUGGUAAGGGCCACAGCUUAGUGAUAGAGCUUUGAAUACAAAAAGCCCACAGUCAGCCCCUGACAUCUUCAGGUGGGCUGUAUAUGACCCCUGUCUGAAACACAGGAGUCACUACCAGCCUUUGGUAAUCUCUCCCUAGGAGCAAGAUGUACUAAUGGCCUGACUUGAUAGAAGGCACUUCCUGCGUUUGCUAAGGAUGAUGGGAAUAUUGCCACAGCAGGAAUGAUAUUCUUAUGGAUUCUAAUGGGGUGCAUGGCUCCAUUCUUAACGUCUACAUUUGGACUUUCCUUUCACUUAUUCACUGUGGCGAAUGGAAUUGGAGUAGUUUUUUAUCUAAACUACCUUUUAUCUAACCUUUUAUCUAAAAAUCCACCUUUUAUCUAAAAAUCUGACUAUUUUCUGUAUUUAUAUGCUGCUUUAAUUGUCAAAACCCAUCAGUAAACAUAAAGCAAACAUUCUAGAAACCACUGAAAAAGAGAAAGAUAAGAAUAAAAUCAGCUGAGAUAUGAACACGUCUUUUCUGUUCUGCUUCUGAUCACUGAAUGAUGCCUGGAAGCCACUGAAUGCAAAAUAUUAAUUGUGCUAGAAUUGGUUGGAAAACCAUAAAAUUAUAUUCCGUAAUGUAACAGGCUUUCUCCUCUCCCUUUCCUUCAAUAUGAAUCACUUUCCCCCUCGCACCCUCAUCCAUCAUAAGUCACUGUGGAGAGGGUAUUUAUGUAGGAAGAAGACUGACACAGCAAAAAUGAGAGCUCUGCGAGAUAGCUUGUCGAUUGCCAAUAAAGAAAGCAACGAAGAUAAGAAGCUAUGCAACAGAACAGCACUUGCCAUUGAUCGGCUUCUCAAAUAUAAACACUUUUCUUACAUUCUGGCAGCUUUAAAAGACUUGGGUUUGUAUUUUUUAGAUUAAAAUUAAUUCCCAAUACACCAUUAAUACCAUUCUUUCUACAAAUUUACCAACAUAAAAGGUGUAGCAGUAAAGAUGGGGUGGUGGUGGAAUUACAUCAUUAUUACCUGCCUAGUACAGUGGUACCUCGGUUCUCGAAUUUCUCCAUUGAUGAAUGUUUCAGAACCUGAACGUCGAAAACCCGGAAAGAAAUGCUUCUGUUUUCAAACACGCCUCGGAAUUCGAACAGCUUCCGCUGUGUGUUUUUCCAUUUUCUCAAUUGAAUUUGCAGACAGCCCUUUGCACCUCAAUUUUUGAAAAUUUUGGAACUCAAAUGGUUUUCCAGAAAGGAUUAUGUUUGAGAACUGAGGUACCACUGUACUUUCAUAUUGGAAGGACUAGUUUUCCUGGUGUGUGGUGGAAAAUGGGAUCAUUUGACCAGAGUAGAAUGGCAUCCAAUCCAACCCCACUUCAUGCACUGAGAAGCAUGAAACUUCUCUACCCCGGUGGUUCCCCAUUAGCUAAGUACCACAGACCCCUUGUUUUUCAAAAGCAAUGCCAUGGACCCCCUACUUUUGAAAAUGUUGAUAUUUCUGUGGUGGUUUUUGUUAUGUGAAUGGUGCCACCAUACCCUCCAACAUGUCCCAGUGCAGAAUUUGGGUGUGUGCUUGUGCAAGUCACAGGACCUGCAUGGUGCCCGGAAACAUGUGCUUUUGGGUGCCAUGCUGCCCAUGACAGUUGAUGGGUGCCACAGACCCCCAAUAGAGAACCAUAGCUCCAUCUCAAUUACUGUGUGUCAAUGAGAACUGGCCACUAUUUCCAUGGUGCAUUUCAUCCAACUGUUGCCACCCUGAAAAUAGGCUGAUCCAUAUUCCUUUCUCGCUCCCUCUCCAGAGGUUGUUACCCGACUAUCACCCGUUUGCUGUGAAAGUAUGGUCCAGAAUGAAGCGGUACCCACUAUUUUUACUUUGAUACGGAGUUGCAAUCGCAGUGUCCCAAGCAUGGAUGUCAUACGUUAUUCUGUCCAGGUCCUGCUUAAUUUGUCAAAGGUACUUCUGCAUUUUCAAGUUUUGUUGAAUGGUCCCAGUCCCCUUUUUAUUGCCAGAAUUUGGGGCUUAGAGCUGCUCUUGAUCGCUGCUCUUGGACUUGAGAGCUCCAAUUCAGAAUGGGGCAGGAGUGAGGACACUCCUUCCUGCAAAUCCACUAACAGUCGUCAGAGUGUUGUUUUGCUGUUUUCUUUACACUACUAUAUAUAUCCAGUGUAAGAAGUCUGUUAAAACUGUCUCAAAUACAAUGACACCUUCUUUGCUCAAAGUUGGAGGGAAAGUACUUAACCAGAACUGUUUUUCUUUUCAAGUAUGAAAAGACAACUGAAGCUGUUUAUACAGUGGAGAAUUGUGUUGAUACUUUACUGGACCUACUUCAGAUGUACAGAGAGAGAGCUGGCGACAAAGUUUCAGAGAAAGGUGGAAGCAUUUUUACCAAGACGUGCUGCCUGCUUGCUCUUCUUUCAAAGGACUCAAGAAGAGCUUCUGUAAGUUUUGGUUGCUCUCCACUCCAUCCCAUCAUUAACUAUUGUGAAAUUGUUUUCCCGUUUGUGAGGGAUGAGCGGGAGAGAUUUGCCACAGUGGCUCGUAAUAUACAAAUACGGCUGGUAGUGUGUUAAAGCUGCUAUUUUACACAGCCAGUUAGUGCCAAAUGCAUUUUACCUCUGUUGAGAAAGGAAGAGGAGUGUUUAAGCUGGAGACCUGAUAUUUGGGAACAGCAAUGGUGCUGUUGGAGGAUAAUAAUAAUAAUAAUAAUUUAUUAUUUAUACCCCGCCCAUCUGGCUGGGCUUCCCCGGCCACUCUGGGCGGCUUCCAAAAGAAUAUUAAAAUACUAUAAUACAUCAAACAUUAAAAGCUUCCCGAAACAGGGCUGCCUUCAGAUGUCUUCUAAAAGCCUGGUAGUUGUUGUUCUCUUUGACAUCUGGUGGGAGGGUGUUCCACAGGGAAGGCGCCACUACCGAGAAGGCCCUCUGCCUGGUUCCCUGUAACUUGGCUUCUCGCAGUGAGGGAACCGCCAGAAGGCCCUCGGUGCUGGACCUCAGUGUCCGGGUAGAACGAUGGGGGUGGAGACACUCCUUCAGAUCUUUGACAGGCAAGCUUUGGAACUGUGUCACUCUAGGAUUGGAUGGUGAGGGGUCUUAUAACUUCCAUUAAAACUGGUGCUUUUCUGUGUGUUUCCUAAAGGUUUAUUCCUUUCAGGUUUCAUUGAGCUAAGCAUUACACUGUAUUUAACUGUAAAAUGUGGUUUAAUUUUUAGGAGAUCCGAGGCAGCUCACGAGUAGUUACUCGCCUUCAGAGCCUGUUUAAACUCACAGCACGGAAACAUCAAAUGGAUGCACGAAGAAUGCUUGCCAAACAGAAGUUGGCCGCAUACAAAAAUGGGCAUUUCUCUGUCCCAGCAACUCCUCUAAGGACUACAAUAGUUUCAAGGUAAGAAAUCCUAACCUUUCAAUUUCCGUGCUUAAAAGAGAGAAAAAAAUCCUGCUUUUUCAGUACAAUUUCCUCCCCUUUAACCUACAGGCAGAGACCAGAAUGGGUUCUAAGGAAAGAUAAUAUAAAAGAGAUUGUUGAUCCUCUGCAAGCAAUUCAAAUGGUAUUGGAUACACUUGGAAUUCCUUAUUACUAAAGAAUGACUUAAAAUGAUAUUAAAAAAAAGUAUUGUCAGGAUCAGCUUUCAUAUUAUGUAGAGUGUCAUAUAAAUCUAUAUCCAAUUUUAUCAGUAUAUAUUUGUGAUACCUCAGUUUUACUGCACAUUUUUGUAUGUCAGCUUGUGAUUGGUAUUGUCUUUAUUAAUUACUUGGAUAUGAUUUGUAAGUAACAAACUAAACUAUGUAUUUUUUUUAAAGGCUGAGAUUUUGUACAAUAAAAUGGAAACCAUUCUGUUUAC